UCUGGGAGCAGGAGAAGAUGGCGGUCUCCACAGGAGUUAAAGUUCCUCGUAAUUUUCGCUUGUUGGAAGAACUUGAAGAAGGACAAAAAGGAGUAGGUGAUGGUACGGUUAGCUGGGGCCUUGAAGACGAUGAAGACAUGACACUUACAAGGUGGACAGGCAUGAUUCUUGGGCCACCAAGGACAAACUAUGAAAACAGAAUAUAUAGCCUGAAAGUAGAAUGUGGAUCUAAAUACCCAGAAGCUCCUCCAUCAGUUAGAUUUGUAACAAAAAUUAAUAUGAAUGGAAUCAAUAAUUACAGUGGAAUGGUGGAUGCAUGGGGCAUACCAAUAUUAGCAAAAUGGCAAAAUUCCUAUAGCAUUAAAGUUGUACUUCAAGAGCUAAGACGUCUUAUGAUGUCCAAAGAAAAUAUGAAGCUUCCACAGCCACCAGAAAGACAUACGUACAACAACUAAUUUUAGUGGAUCUCAAACUUGUCUUAAUUCAACAACCCAUGUUAUUGUCUUGAUUAAAUAUCACCAUGCAAAAUACCCACACAUUAAGUAAAAGAAUUGCAGCUGGUAAACAUGACCUGGACAGUUGUAAGAAUAUAUUUAAUAUAUGUACACCUAUUAUGUUUUCAGGUAACAAGAGAAGUGCAGCACAAAUUUUUUUUUUGUCCUCUUAAAGCACUGUCGUUUAAACAUGAACCUGAAGUACUCAAAGUGGAAUUCAGGUUUUCAAGACAGGAGCAUGUUAAAAAACUGUCAGAUGGCCAUGGAAACCUUUGCUUUUCUGAAAAGUAAAGUCUCAAGAUGGAAGAACAGAAAUGGCAUGCUUUAUCCAUCAUAUAUAGAGCUGCAGUUGGAAUUGUUUAAAGUAGCAGAUAGAAUGACUAGUCACCAAUUGUGUUAAUUCUUGAAGCAGUGUGGGUACUGACUACUACUAGUAUCUAAAAUAGGUUCAGGAUUGUUUUGAUACCUGUAUUUAUAAUAAAAAGAUGUUUGGGGUUUUGAA